AAAAUUAUAUCACACAAUACAAUAUUGUUCACUAUUCAGACGCGCGUGAAGACUGAGGAGUACCGAUGAACCUCCCACAAUCAAAACCCUCGGCAGCGGCGGGCCUCCUCAAGUCGACCAAGCGUAGCCGCUGCGUUGUCCUCCACUCUAAUGGCUACCAUACCAGUUAAUCCCAAGCCUUUCCUGAAUAAUUUGACUGGGAAGCCUGUUAUAGUAAAAUUAAAGUGGGGAAUGGAGUAUAAGGGUGUUUCGGUUGAUUCCUAUAUGAACUUGCAGAUUAAAACUAGAGUUCAGCUUUCAACAUUUUUUUUCCCGAUGUGUAAACGUAUUUGCCAGCUUGCCAACACAGAAGAGUACAUAGAGGGCCAGUUCACUGGAAAUUUUUAAUCAGAUGCAACGAUGUUCUCUACCUACGCGGAGUACCAGAGGAUGAAGAAAUCGAAGAUGCUGAACAAGAUUAGAAGGACCAAAGUGCAUAGUUGCCAUCUUACCCUCAAUCAAAUGCUGCAUUGUUUGUACUUGAUCAAUGACGCCCUUCUGUGAAUUGGGUGACUACGAACAACUUGUCCAUGUACGGCGGGUAAAUCUCAUGUCAGUUAACAAAUUCUUUAACCACUCAAAUUCUUUAGCUAUAUCUGCUAAUGCUGUAAACACUAAUUAACCAUCCAUGUUUUUUUAGUUGUGCGAAAUUUAGUCUAGAGCUAGGUGUUGAUAUCAUUUAUCCAGAAAAGGCAUGACUAACAUCACAUCUUAUCUUUUGUGAAGUCCAUGAAAUUACUGUUACUUCUACAGUUCUUACUGUUUUUUCUACAGUAAUACAUAUUCUCUCCCUUGAAAAAUGUGAAGUAUUUUUUGAUGGA